AUGUUGGAAGAAUUUAAUGACUACUUCAACGCCCUUAAAGAAAGAUGCCCCAGUGUAGCAGCUUGCCUCGAGCAUAAAGUUGGAUCUGAAAAGUGGAGCCGGGCUCAUUUUUCAGGUAAUCGAUUCAAUGUCAUGACCUCAAACAUCGUCGAGUCGCUUAACUCAAUGUUGCGCGACGAAAGAGAGUAUCCAGUGGCGGCCAUUUUCUAUUCUAUUGCAUAUAAGUUUGGAGAAAUAUUUAGGAAGAGGUAUGUGGAGGUGGACAAUUCAAAGACAACAUUCGUUCCCGUAGCCGAGACGAUCUUGAGGGAAAACAUGAUCGAGGGCGAUAAAUUAUAUGUGAACAACAUAAAUGAAAGCACCGAUGAAUUCACCGUGCUUGGUUACGGUCAUUCCAUCAAAGUUAAUCUUUCGAGACGAUCAUGUUCUUGCAGAAAGUACGACUGA